GCUUCUUUGGAUGUCAUUGACUCUACAGAGAUUCAGAUUGUACCCUGUUUUGCUGUUCGACCAACAAACAAACCUCUGUCAACGACACAGACAGCGUUGCCCCACAGAUGACCAAAUCAAUACAACUGCUUCACCCUAUGCAACUCAUAGGGGAGGUGAAUGGGCGCCUUAUUAUCAAGCUCAGCCAGGGAAUAGGUUCAUAGGUCUCUGCCAGAAACUGAAUGACAAAAUUUGGCAUCUACACGACAGCAAUAACACCGAUAAAGGACAAUGCCGCGUCUCUCGGUCCCAACAACAGCGCGUCUGCCCUCAUCAUUACGCGUUGACCCGUCUCACCCGACGGCCACCAAGAUCCUCGGUCGUCUAUCGCGUUCGUCUCUCCUGACCGUCGCAUUGGAUUGGUUGGACGACAGCAACCUGCCACUAGCACAGCCGUUUCUGCGCGGGGACGAAGAGUACGAAGAAGAACUGGAAGAUGAGGAUGCCGACGGCUUAUACCCCCCCGCGCGCUCAGUCGAGGAAGUGCGCGAUGUCUAUUCCUCUUUCCAGGGGCGCAAGGGCUCUAAGCGGGAGGUGCUGGAACGCAUCACCGACGGCGACUGGCGGCACGGCCUGACGCUGUACCAGCUGGCCAUGGCCGACCUGCAGUACCUCUACGACCACCCGACGUCGCAGCAGUGGUCGGCCUACCGCGUAGUGCCGCUCAAGCCGCCGCGCGACCCGGAAGGCGAGGAAGCGCUCGAAGUGGACAAACAGUCCCUCGCCAUCCCGCGCUUCCACCCGUCCACCUUCCUCAAAACCCUCCAGGCCCAGGUCCUGCCGGACGUGAAGGCGCACUACAACUUCGACGCGCACAAGUCCCUGCCGCUGCUCCUCCUGCGCAUCUUCAUUCUUGACUCCCCCUACAGCACCAACCUGGGCCUGCAAACCACCACCACCGGUACUACCACCACCACCACCACGACGGGCUUCGACGCCUCCAGAACGGUGUAUAUCGCCUUCCCGGACGCGUCGCCGCACAUCUUCAUCUCGAAACCCCAAACCACAACGACGACCACGACCACGACCACCAUUACCCUCUCUUCCUCCUCCUCUUAUUCGUCCUCCUCGGGGCCAAGCGGCGGCGGCGGCGGCGAGUCCAAAUCGCUGCGUACGCUCCUGCUGGAGGGCAUCCCCAAGGCGCUGUCGCGGCCGCUGCAGCGGCAGCGCUUCACGCUGCAGGCGACCAAGCUGGUGACGCGCAACCUGGCCGAGCUGGUGGCGCGCCGCGGCGGGGGCCGGACGAACGCCGCCGCGGGCGGGUGGAGUGUCUAUGCGGAUGAUGACGAGAAGGACCCGAAGAGGAAGAACGAGACGCCGCUGGAUUUGGUCCUCCCCCUGCCCGUCAGCCCGCCGCUUUCUUCUUCUUCUGCUGCCUCUUCUUUCUUGGAAGAAGGAGAAGAUGAGGGGGGGAAGAAAAGGGCUGUUGUUGUUGGUCCGCUGCCCUUGUCGGCUGGGGAAAGGAGGGAGGAGCGGGUGAGGAAGCGGGCGAGGUUGGUUGCGCAGGCGAGGUUUGGAGAUACGGCGAAGGUGGGGGAUGGAAAAGGGGUGGAGAGGGUGGAUGUUGUGUUGGAGGAUGCGUUUCCUCAAGGACCUGGGGAGAGUGUUGCGGUGGAGGAGGAGGAGGAACAAGAUGAGACAUACGACCGGGAUAGAGCUGGGCGUUCGGCUAGGGCUGGGAGGAAGAGCCAGGUUGAUGCGGCACUCGAGAGGGCAGAGGAGGAGGAGGACGACGACGACGACGACGAGGGCGGCGGUGGGCGACGGGAAGAGCAACCCGCGCAAGUGUGGCGCCCGAAUGUCAGGCUGACGUUUCACGGGUCGCACGUGUUCGCGGGAAUUAGACAGCUUGUCGAGUGUGGCAUUAUUGACGGUGAGCGGAUGCCCGGGUGGAUGACGGGCGAGGAAGGGGUGACAAUAGGCGCUGUGCGGCACGGCAGGAUACGGGGCCACAAGGGAUCUGGGUUGUAGGGCGCAACUGUGCAGUUCUAUCGGUUGUCUUUGUAUGGAUUGCGAGCAGAUCUAAAUACCCCGAAGCGUAUUAUCCGUCCCCAGAGUCUCAGAGUCAACAGUAUACCCGGAAACCCACAAUGUGCCGUCGCAAACAGAACAAAUCUAGGAGUCUAACCCAAACACCUUAACCGUAUUCGCCCAGGCGGCCUCGCAAACCUCUUCGACGGAGACCCCCUUUAUGCCCGCCACGA